AUGGUGUCGCAGUUGAGGAUGGUCGAGCGGAGGCCACAUCUAGAGCCAACCGUCUUUAAGAUCCCGGAGUAUUUGAGCGAUAUUAUUCUAUCAGGUGCGUGAUUAGCAAGUUUGAUUGAUUGCGUCAUCCUUGUAAUAUGAGUGAGAAGUGGUUAUAGUGAUGUAAUUGACCGUCUGCAAAGCACUUUAUAUGAUUUUGAAAGUUAUAAUUUGUUAUCAUCGACAAACUAACUAUUAUCAAUAAGUUAUGCAUCAAAGGUUUCUUAUGAGUUUAUAAUAACGUUUUUUUAUGAGUAGCUUAGAAAUUUUAAAAUAAUAUUGUACAUAUGGUACCUUACUUGUAUGAUCAAAUCAGUAUUUUUUUAAAUUUAAUUUUUAGGUACAUCGGAGUAUCCUGCCAAAACACAUUAUGCUCUGCCACCUGUACCAUUACAACCAUCGUUCCCACUUUACAUGGGACAGCAAAAACAAAGGUUGACAGUGGAUGUGAUGAAGAACUACUUAAUGCAUUCUGAAGAGCUCGAUUGUACUGUAAAGAUAUUCCACGCUAAAGUCGCGCAAAAGUCGUACGGUAACGAGAAGCGGUAAGAUAAUUUGUUUUUGUGAUGUGAUUCAAUAUUACUUUACAGUUUUUUAAUUACUGUGUGAUUACACUUCUAUGUUUAAUAGCUUUAAAUUAACAAAUGUUGUGUUAGUGUUUAAAGUCAAUAUUGGAUAACACUAGACAUUAAUUACAGAUUCUUCUGCCCACCUCCAUCCGUCUACCUGAGUGGGCCUGGCUGGAAUCGGAAGCGAGAAAACUUUGAGAGACUUAUCGAGAACUACAACGGGUACGAAGUGAGAUGCACUGGACUGAUGGCCAAUAUUGGCAUCAUGGGAUCAAAGUACUCCGAGCCUCAGAUGCUGGACUUUUCUAAUGGAAAGGUAACUUUACUCACAUCAUUAACACAUUUGUGACAGGUUUUGGUGUCAACAGUUUUUAUUGUAAUAUUAACAGUGUUUGUUGUAAUAUCAACAAUUUUUAUAUUAAUAUAGACUCGGGUUGUAAUAAACUUUAAUAAUAUUAUUUGUAGGAGUUUUGUCCGGCCAAAAACCUGUAUGUAAGCGACCAGGACAAGCGCAAGUUCUUUCAUCUUCAAGUUCACGUCAGCUUCAACUGUAGCCACAACAUCGGAUCGUUCAUCUCAGAAAGGAUCAAGGUGAUCUCGAAGCCAUCGAAGAAGAAGCAGACCGUCAAGGGAAACGACUGCAACUUCUUGUGCAUUAACAGUGGCACCAAAGUGGCCCUCUUCAACCGACUCCGAUCUCAGACCAUCUCCACGAGGUAUCUUCAUGUUGACAACGGCUCCUUCCAUGCUAGUCCAGCCAAAUGGGGAGCUUUCAAAAUACACUUAAGUAAGUUUUUUUGGUUUGAUCAAGGAGAUCAUAUAAUUGUUUUUGCUUUGGUGUUGAUUAUUUUGUGCCUUCAAUAAAGGUUGUGAACAAAAAUUAUGAAAAUAAGUAGUUGCUAACAUUUCGUUUUUUAAUGUUAAUAUGUGGCCAUUUGUUCGCACUAUUAAACAUGUAUCUUGUUUUAGUUGAUGAAAACACUCCUGAUGACAAUGUUAUCUUCGAACAUAAGUCGGGCUUUGUGUAUUACGGUAAUGUGGUCAAACUGGUUGACAGUUGUUCUGAUCUUUCGUUGCCAAAAAUGGUAAGUAAUCAAUCUUUGUUUCCCUUGGUUUUCAAUAUUGACUUUAUUAUUUUUUAAAUUGUGAAAUUAGUUUUUUAACGCUUUUAAUUGGGUUUGGUAUCUAAUAUUGAAUUUAUUAUAGAGAAUUCGAAAAUGCGACAAGAACAAUGUUGUAAUAGACGAAGAGGUUGAUGAGCCUGUAAGCCAGCUACAUCGUGUGGCUUUCCAGGUGAUUGACACUCCCGAGAAGAGCGUCUAUUUAGCGUUGAAUGGCGACAAUAUCUUCCAACAAAUUGUAAGUUUUGGACAUAAAACUAGUGGUUAAAAACUAGUCUACUUUUUUCUUAAAAUCUGAAAUUUUGAAGUUUUUUGGGCCUAACUUUAGCAAAGCUUUAAAUUUUGUAACAAACUUGCACAGACUAUAUUUGUAAUUAACUUUCGAGACAUGAAGUGUAUAAUCAAUCACGUUUUCAGUGUGAACAGAACGAGCGCGGGCAACACAUUGUGAGCGAAGGUGCGGCGUGGACGAUAAUAUCUGCGGAAAAGAACGAGUUCCGAUUCUACGAAGCCAUGGGUACCGCCAACUUCCCAGUAGCACCCAUCCCCAGGAUCGAUAGUAUGUUGCUGCAAAGUAAGGCGGCCGAAGAUGCCCGCGGCCUGAAGGGAGGCACCUAUGCUAUCAUGAGAGGCAGAGAUUUGCAUCCCAAAGUCAAGGUCUGGUUUGGCACGAUCGAAGCGAAUACACAGUUUUUGUAAGUUUCAUUUGAAGGUUGUUGUUCAAAAGAGCUCUAAGUGUAGUAUACUCGUCAGCGUCAAGAAAUCAAGUUUCUUUUUAUACCACCUUACCGUACAAUUUUCAGGAGUAACGAGACCAUUGAAGUAGAGGUACCAACCAGAAAUCAGGUCUACGCCCAUCUGCCAUUCUUGGAAAAACUGUUUUACGAAGAAGGCCAGCUUGUCCUUCCAAUUUGUCUAGUCCGCGACGAUGGAGUCAUCUACUACAACGACUGUACAUUCUCCUUCUAUUUAAACGACACCAUCGUCCGCGAGAUCUGCAACAAAGUAGCUGAAUGUGACAUUGUUAACCAACCAUCACCUCCUUCAGCUGGUGCACUCUCUUUGUACCAUGGCAUGCUCGAUUCUGACGAGCCGCAGUCUUCUAAAAGGUCCAGAUUGAGUUAG